UGUAGACCAAAAUAGUGGUCCUUGAAGCGUGUCAACUAACCCCCUAAAUCCACCUUCUUCCUCAUUCACCCACCCCAAAACACACUAUCCACUCACCCCCAAACCCAACCCAUGGACAACAACGACCACAACAACAAUAACCCCCAAUCAUCCACCUCGUACAAGAUCCUCCUAACCCUCAUGUCCAAACGUCGUACAUGGGUCUUCCUCUUCCUCUUCGUCUACACAAUCCUCUUAUCCUCAUCAUGGAACUUACUCAAAACCAUACUCUCAUGGUACAACUCCGCCGUCUCCUCCGCCCCCUCCUCCUCCUCCGGCUGGCCGGCGAUCUACGCAUCCGUCGCCCUCGGCGUCAUCUUCGGCCUCCUCUCCAUGGCCGCCGCCCUCGCCGUUGCGGUUCCGGCCACCCUGGUCACGUGGAUAUCCGUUCUAGUCUUGUUGACUUUUUUUGGCCGCCCCAGAAAGUCGUUGGUGGUGGAGGGGAAGAAACUGACGGCGGAGAUUCUCCGGACGGUGGGGAAGAUUUUGAUCAAAGAAGGGAAUUUUGUGGCGGCUGUUUGUGCGGUUUUGGGCUACUUUUUGCUUGUUAGAAAUGGUAGAGAGGUUGAAAAUAUUGAAAGCCAUAGAAAUAAAAGUAAUUUUGUAUGAGUUUAAUAAGUACAAGUGUUAUUAGUUAGUGAUGUUAGUGUUGUUGCAAUGUGGUUUUUGUUAUUUUUUGUUGUGGGGGGUAGAUUUUGGACCUUUUGGUUGCUUUAUUUUGGAUAUGAUUUAACAUGAUAUAAUGUGUUUUUGUGGUAGUUUUAGAUGGGGAAAAAGUUGUGUAUGUACCAUGAUGUAGUGACAUAAUGAAAGUAUAUAUUCUCUUCUUGCAAUCGAA